AGGAAACAGAAACAGAGUGACCAGGUCAGGUGCCUUCUGGGGACAGGUAGAGCCGGUGGUCUGGGGCAGGGCUGCUCACAGAACAGGAUGAAGAACUGUGGGCUAAGCCUGUGACCUGUGGCUUGACAGAGCCUCCUGAGAAAGGUCUGUCCAGCCAGGAUGGUGAAGGGGAAGAAGAGAGGCUCCAGAUUUGUGGGCAAGCUGCAUGGGACCUUUAGCAAGUGACGAACGUGUUGAUUCCGACUCCUCUUCCUUUCCUUCAUCUGUAAUGGAGGAGGAAAGUUCCCUAUCUCAUGGGAUUACUGAUGGUUUUAGAUAAGAUCAUUGCUGUAAGGCACAGGCAUUUAAAAUCCAGCCCAGAGAUCCCCUAUCCCACAGAGCCUAUUGCAGAUCCUCUCCACGGAUCCCUGUGUGUCUAUUGUUAAGUAAAUCAUUACAUUGCACUGACUUUGCCUGCAUGCCUGCCUGCCCAGCAGAGAGCAAUAUCUAUGAGAAUGAGUGAGUAGGUCUGACUCCUGGGCAUCCCUUGUGUCUUGCCCAGGGCUUGGUACAGAGGUCUAGAAGAUGGAUAAAUUAUAAGUUCCUCUCUUCUUCCCCCAUCAAUGAUGCUCAGAAACACAGAUCAUUCAGCUUGGAGGCGAUGAUGCUUAUUCCAAGAUGAUCUGUAGCUCCAAGGAUUCCAGAUUUAGCAAAUCAGUAAACAAACAGCUUCUUUAUGAGUGGCUAAACAACUUCAGGUCAACAAACCUUGACAUAAUAAGAUGUUCCUCUGAAAAGUGGCCCAAACAGCAAGGAGGAAAAUGAUGCCGGAGCUCCAAACAGCAUGUGCCAGUGAGGGGGUAUAAAAACGAGGGCCCCAGGGAGCUGUCCCAGUCAGGAAGCAACCUCACGACACUCCCAAGGGAGCAGAGCCACCUCCAUCAUGUCGGGAAACUGCUGUUCUAGGAAAUGCCCCUCCGUGCCAGCCAUCUCUCUCUGUUCCACUGAGGUGAGGUGCAGAGCACCCGUCUUCUUGCCCAGUUCCUGCCAGAGUCAAACGUGGCAACUGGUGACUUGUCAAGAUGGCUGCGAAUCAUCCAGCUGCGGCCCACCAUGCUGUCAGCCUUCCUGUCCCGUGAGCAGCUGCGUCCAACCUGUGUGCUGUGAAGCCACCAUUUGUGAGCCCUCCUGUUCUGUGAGCAGCUGUGCCCAACCCGUGUGCUGUGAGGCCACCACUUGUGAGCCCUCUUGCUCCUCGAGCAGCUGCUGCCAACCCGUGUGCUGUGAGGCCACCACUUGUGAGCCCUCUUGCUCCGUGAGCAGCUGCUGCCAACCUGUGUGCUGUGAGGCCACCACUUGUGAGCCCUCUUGCUCCGUGAGCAGCUGCUGCCAACCUGUGUGCUACGAGGCCACCAUUUGUGAACCCUCCUGUUCUGUGAGCAGCUGCACCCAACCUGUGUGCUGUGGGGCUGCUUCCUGCCAGCCAGUCCUCUGUGUGCCCACCCCCUGCCAGCCCAGCUGCUGCCCAGCUGUCUGCACUGUGCCUAGUUCCUGCCAACCGGUAGUCUGUGAGCCCGCUUGCUGUCAGCCGGUGUGCCCCACCCCCGGCUGCUGUCCAUCCAUCUGCUCUGUGGGCAAUAGCUGCCAGGCUGUUUGCUAUGACCCUAGUCCUUGUGAGCCAUCUUGCUCGGGGCCCAGCAUCUGCCAGCCAGCUUCCUGUGCGGCUCUCAUCUGUGGGCCUGUCUGUCUUCGCUCUGUCUGCUGUGUUCCAAACCCUUGUGAGCCACCUUGUGUCCCUAGCACCUGCCAACAGCCCUCUUGUUGUGUCUCCAGCAUCUGCCAACCCAUUUGCUCUGAGCCCAGCCCCUGCUCACCCAUGGUCUGUGUGCCCCCUCCCUGCCAACCUACCUGCUACGUAGUCAAGCGCUGUCAGUCUGUCUGCUGUCAGCCUGUUUCCUGCUCACCUGCCUCCUGCCAGCCUUCCUGCUGCCACCUGGGAUCUUCUGCUUCUGCCACCUGCCAACCAACCUGCUCUCGGACUUUCUACAUACCCAGCUCCUGCAAACAGCCUUGCACAACUUCAGUUUCCUGCCGCCCAAUUUGCCGCCCAAUCUGCUCUGGACCCCUCACCUGCAGGCAGCCGUAUGUGACAUCCAUCUCCUACCGCCCUGCCUGCUACCGCCCCUUUUUCUCCAUCCUGCGCCGCCCGGCCUGCAUCACUUCCAUCUCCUACCGCCCGCUGGGCUCCUGGCUGCCUUGUGCCGACUCCUGCAAACGAGAUUGCAAAAAGUCCACUUCCAGCCAAGCGGAUAGUGCCGACUCUACUUCCUGCAAGGCAGAAGUCUCCAAGGCUGAUCCCUGCCAGCCCGCUGAGGCCAAGUCCACCAGCCCAAUCACCCGUGAAGCUGCAGCCAGCCAGCCUGCUGCCACUAAGCCUGCCAAUUGCUGAACUGACCUCAGCCCACACAUUCCUGAAAAGUGAACCUCCAACUAGAGAGAAAACUCGACUGCCCCACCCAAAGCUCAUCAUGACUUAGCUAGAAUCUUUUUCUUCCUGCACCCUCACUCCCAUAUGCUGCUGCUUCAGAGAGCUGAUCAGGAAUGCCAGUGUCUGAAUGGUCCAAAUGAAGGCCUCCUGGGCACCGAGAAGGGGACAUGCUGGGCUCCUGUCAGCCGCAGCCACCAAGCUUUGCCAUCUCAUCUGAAGUACUCUUUCCUGGCAUAAAUUUCUUUCAGUCCUCAUGUGUGCGCUCCCUUGCUGGGUGUGCUCAUGUUCCUUGGGGACCUCUUCAAUGGGAUAAGGAUGUUUAACUGUCCAAUAAAAUUGGCUAAGCUGAAGUGACACGCUGUUUUCAUUGCGCUCUUGUUAAUGCCACGU